AUGGCAAGCGCAGAGUACCUCGACAAAGCCAAUCAGCUCAUUGGCCAGCACCCAUACCUUAUGUUAUCCAAAUCAUGGUGUCCUGAUUGUCAUUAUACUUAUAAAGUUUGGGAAGACUAUGGAGUUAAGGACAAGGUUCACGUUAUUGAAUUAGACAAAUUUGAAGAUCAACAAGAGGCAGCCAAGUUGGAAGCAGCAUUCACUGAGAUUGCCGGUAGAAAAUGGGUGCCCACCAUUUUCUUUAAUGGGCAGAGAUUAGGAACUGAAGAAGAUUUGAAAAAAUGGAAACAAGAAGGUAAAUUAGAUGCAAUUUUCAAGGAAGCUAAAUUGAUUUAA